UGGGCCGGCGGCGAGACCAGACGGGAGUUGGACUUGCUCGAGUGUCGGUGUUGGCUGUUGGGUUGCCGACAUGGGCUUUCUGGUGGGGAUCUUGGGACGCCUUUUGGGCCCGGUGGGUUCACGGGCGGUACUCCUCGGAGGCAGAUCUUUCCCACCCUCACCUGGAGCAUUGGGUCCCCUUCAGCUCAGGACACUCUCCACCCUUUCCCGAGCCUUAGCACAGCCUCCAGGCAUCCUCCAGCCUAUCCCUGCCCCUGUGCCGCUGCCACCCUGGAGCCUGCAACAAGUCCGCUUUAAGGCCCGGGGGAAUGAAUACCAACCUAACAACCGCAAGCGCAAGAAGACCCACGGCUGGAUCAAGCGUCUCAGCACACCUGCGGGCGUCAAGGUGAUCCUCCGUCGCAUGCUGAAAGGCCGGAAGUAUCUGACCCACUGAGUGCCAAUGUUCCACGCCGCGCGCCCUGGGCGAGCCCUCCAAACCCGCCAGGCAGCACCCAAGGGGUAUCGGUUUCACCGCCGCUGAUUCUCCUGGGGCACCACCAGAGAUGUCCGAAGAGUUGAACUGGGACCUCUGGGGUUCCGUGGAGAGGACAGUUGCUGUUCCAACAGAUGGGUGGGAUGCUUUGUUCUGAUGAAAUCCAGUUCACUCAUGAUUCACUAGUAAAAUCUGAAAUCAGUAAGCUUCCAGUGGAAGUCUUCACAGUG